AUGGCAAGUGCGGAAGCCAUAGCAUAUGCAAAAUGGAGGAUGUUAGCUGAUAUCGAAGAGCGUUUUCUGCAACAGAAGGCAAAGCUACAUUGGCUUAAGACAGGUGAUCAAAACAAUAUAGCUUUCCAUUCCUCAGCAAAGCUACGCGAGAUGAAGAACAACAUUAAGGAGAUUCACUGUGAUGAUGGGAGAGUGGCUGACACACAUGAUCGCAUCAAGUUUGAGGCUGAGAGGUAUUUCAAAACUUUCCUCAACUAUUCUCCUGCAGACUAUGUCGAAUGUUCAAAGGAGGAACUGGCCGACAUCCUCGAUUACAAAUGUGACGAGCAUGAUAAAAACAUUCUUACCAGGGAGGCAUCCUGGUCUGUGGUGGGUGAGGAUUGUGCUGUUGCUAUCCAGUCUUUCUUCCAGACUGGUUUUCUGCCAAAAGGGGUUAACUCUACUAUUUUAGCUUUAAUCCCCAAGAAGAAGGAGGCUCGAACUAUGAAAGAUUAUAGACCCAUAUCAUGCUGUAAUGUGCUAUAUAAAAUCAUCUCAAAGAUCCUUGCGAAUAGGCUCAAGCUCAUCCUGCCCAAGUUCAUUUCCUCUAACCAGUCUGCUUUCAUUAAGGACAGAUUGUUGAUGGAAAAUAUUCUCCUUGCAACUGAACUUGUGAAAGAUUACCAUAAGGACUCUGUUUCACCAAGAUGUGCAAUGAAGAUCGAUAUAUCGAAAGCUUUUGACUCAGUGCAGUGGGGUUUUCUCCUUAACACAAUGCAUGCUUUGGAAUUCCCGGACACCUAUAUCCAUUGGAUCCGAACCUGUAUCACAUCUGCUUUGUUCUCUGUACAGGUCAACAGUGAGCUAGCAGGCUAUUUCGGUAGCAAACGGGGGUUGCGUCAAGGUUGCUCCUUAAGCCCCUACAUGUUUGUGAUAUGCAUGAAUGUUCUCUCACGCCGAUUGGAUAGGGCUGCUUUACACAAGAAGUUUGGUUUUCAUCCAAAUUGUCAAUCUCUAAACUUAACCCAUCUAUGCUUCGCUGACGACCUAAUGGUUUUUAUAGAUGGUAAAAAGCAGUCGAUUGAAGGUGUUUUGGAGGUGUUCACAGAUUUUGCGACACAUUCAGGCCUGCAUAUCAGUAUCGAGAAGUCCACUCUUUACAUGGCUGGAGUCUCUCCAGAACAUAAAGAGGAGAUACUCAACCAAUUCCCAUUUGAAUAUGGAAGACUUCAGCUCUUACAGUCGGUUAUAUUCAGCCUCACAAAUUUCUGGAUCUCUGCUUUUAGACUUCCAAAGGCAUGCGUCAAGGAAAUUGACAAACUCUGUUCUGCUUUCUUGUGGGAUGUACCCUCUUUAAAUCCUAAGAAAGCAAAGGUUGCUUGGUCAGAUGUUUGCUUGCCUAAGAAGGAAGGAGGCUUAGGCUUACGUUCCAUCGAAGAAGCGAACAAAGUCUGUAUUCUCAAGUUGAUUUGGCGGAUCUUGUCUGCUAAAGGUUCGUUAUGGGUGAAUUGGGUUCAUCGACAUCUCAUUCGGACUGGUUCUUUCUGGGCAGAGCAGAACACCACCACGACAGGUUCUUGGAUUUGGAGGAAGCUCCUAAAAUACAGAACCAUAGCGAAACAGUUCUAUCGAGUGCAGGUCCGUAAUGGAGAAUCCACCUCUUUUUGGUUCGACAAUUGGUGUAGUUUGGGCAGUCUACAUGAGCAACUUGGAGACAGAGGUUCCAUUGCUCUUGGGAUCCCGCUAUCAAGUACAGUAGCAGAGGUCAUGGCAGAGACCAGGCAGAGGAGACAUAGACAAGCUGUGUUAAAUCAGAUAGAGGAAGAGAUUUUGAAGCAUAAACUUAGUCAAAAUGUGGAGGGGAGGAUGAAGCUCUCUGGAAAGGGCGCAACAAUGGCUACCGCAAGAAAUUCCUCACAAGCGACACAUGGUCCCUUAUUCGAGUUCCUCAUCCUACUUUUGAGGGGCACAAAACUAAGCACCGGAGAUAAACUGCAACGAUGGAAUACGGGGGCUCACACAGGUUUUGUCCUCUGUAACCACCCGCUAGAAACUACUGCACAUCUCUUCUUCCAGUGUCCGUUUUCACAACGAAUCUGGGAGGCUCUCGUGAAGAAGCUACUACUCCAUAAGUUUACAAUCGACUGGCAAGCGAUCAUGACUUUGCUUGGAGGUGUGGAGAUUGACAAGACCACGAAGUUUAUUACCGGUUAUGCGUUCCAGAACACCAUACAUUCGAUAUGGCUAGAAAGAAAUGCUCGUCGUCAUGGAGACCAACCUGCUACAGAGGAGAGACUAGUAAAGCUCAUUGACAAAAAUAUUUGCAAUCGACUUAGCACUCUUCGGAAUGGAGAGGAUACCACCAUCCAAACUUGGUUUGCUGCAAGAUUCUACUAA